AGUGUAAGUACUAGUGCUGCACAGUCGAAGGGAUACUUAGGGUUUGUUUUUUUGUGUGUGUGUCGAGCGGUAAGUGAGAGAUGGCGAUCAGGAACGUGAACAAUGCGCCCCGAUCGGUGGACGGGGACAUGACGAUGGACGAGUUCAAGGAGUGGCUAAAGAGGUUCGACGUGGACAAGGACGGGCGUAUCAGCCGCGAGGAGCUACAGCGCGCCAUCCGCUCCGUCCGCGGCCGCUUCAGUGGCUGGAAGUGCGGUCGUGGCAUCCGCCGCGCCGAUGUAGAUGGUAACGGAUACAUCGAAGAGGAUGAGAUCGAUAAUCUCGUGGAGUUCGCCCAGAAGAGGCUUGGCGUGAAGAUCGUGUCCUAUUAAUUUACUUUCAGAUCAUGCGAGGUAAGUAAUAUCUACGGUGGUGUUAUUAACAAAGCCAAAUUUGCUAUUAACAGAGAGAUUCACUGAAUUCACAGACGUUUAGUACAUUUGAACGAUUCAAUGAAUCUAGUAUGUAAAUAGUUAAAAUUGGCUUUGCUGGGAACACCAUCUAAAGUAACUGGGGCAAGAAAAUAAGAAUUCCAAGACAAUAAAUAUAAUCCUAGUGUGGUGAAUUUGUGAUUGUAAUAGAGCUCUAACUGCUAUAAUUAAGAUAGGUUAACUGUAUUGUAAUCACCUCUUUUCUCCCUUGUGUGGUUUGUACCAUGUGUGGAUUAAGUUGCUAUUAUAAAGUUGGUGUUUUUCUUUUA